GUUGCCAUGUAAUAAAGUCCCUCACCUAGCUCCUCAUCGUCUCUCUCUCUCUCUCUCCUCUGGUUUGAACUCUCUCCCUCUCUCUCUCUCUCUUCACUUUUUCAAGAUCUCGCUCUCCCUUUUCCUCCAUUCUUUCCAUCUCUAAAAGUUCUUCACUCUUUUUUCUCCUCGUGAACUGAAGUUUUUAUAGUCUUUCUUCUAGAUCCUCGACCGCAUUUCAUGGAUCUGCAAGCCAAUAUACCUGCAUUGCUGCCUUCCGUUUGUGCUGUUUUGAUUUCUCUCUCCUAGGGUUUUUCGUUAUCCUCUGAGGGGGAGUUUCUUUUUUGGUUGUUGUUGAGCCAUGUGGUGGGGGAUUUGGAGCUCGCAUUGUGUAGGGGAAGAUUGUUGCCGGCGAGUACUUCGCUGUUAUGCUUGUGUAUGUUUUCUUUGGCAGAUUUUUGUUGAGGUGGUUGAGCUUGUAGGUGGCGGUGGCUACUGAUGAUGAUUCUUUCCUCUGAAAUUUGCUUUCUGGACACAAUAUGCGUUUCUCGAUUAUGCGCUUUCUUCUGGUUCUUCAUGCGGUUGAUUUGCUUUUCUCUUGCUCAGGACAAUCUUCACCACACAUAUACUUAUCUCCUUCCUUGCAGCCAUACCUGCAAACAACGACCACAGAAAUUCCAACAGAGCAUGCAAGGUUGGAGUCGAUGAGUUUUUCAUUUAAGCCUUCAAAGUUACAUGCUAACUGGAUCUUUAAGUCAUCUUUGGGACCAUCCACUGCUCCUGCACCUUCUCCAGGUCCUAGGAGUGCACCCUUACCUAUUCGACAUCAUCGGCGGCGGCGGCGGCGUAUACGGCCUCAUGUGAUUGCUCCUACACCAUCAAAAGACCAAGGUUGUGAUCAAAUAUGCAUGGAACCCCUUACUGCGGCUCCCUUUGGUUCACCUUGUGGCUGCGUGUUUCCCAUGAAAGUCAGACUUCUUCUGGAUAUAGCUCCAUAUGCUGUCUUUCCUGUGAUGAACGACCUUGAAAGUGAGAUUGCAGCGGGGACUUACUUGGAGCAGAGCCAAGUGAAAAUCAUGGGUGCUAAAGCAGACAGUCAAAAUCAAGGAAGAACUAUGGUGGAUAUAAAUUUAGUACCUCUAGGAGAGAAAUUCGAUAAUACCACUGCAGUACUGACUUACAGAAGGUUUUGGGAUAAAAAAGUGCGUCUAAAUAUGACGCUUUUUGGUGAUUAUGAAGUUGUCUACAUCAGCUAUCCAGGGAUUCCUUCUUCACCACCAUAUGGAGGGUACAUGGGAAGUGCUCCUAGUGGAGGUGCUGGUGAUCUUCCCAUUACUGCAAAUUUCGUUAAUAAGAGCCAGAAGAUGAGCAUCAAAACAAUUGGUAUCAUAUCACUUUCAGCAUUUGUUGUGUUAUUAGUAUUCAUUGGAGCUCUUUCCAUCUUUUUUAAAUGGAGAAAAGUUGGCAGACCGUCUAGUGCUGUUGGCCCUGUCUUCACAUCAUCAAUUAACAAAAGAUCUGGUCUAGGAUCGGGUUUAUCAACUAGCAUUGCUAGCUCCACCUCUGUUUCCCUAAUUUCCACAAUGCCAACCAGUAUUCAAUCUGUUAGAACAUUUGGACUUUCUGAACUUGAGAAAGCAACAAACAAGUUUAGUUCGAAAAGGAUUUUAGGUGAAGGGGGAUUUGGCCGAGUUUACUGUGGUAUUUUGCAAGAUGGAAAUGAAGUUGCAGUUAAGUUGCUUACACGGGAUAAUCAGAAUAGAGACCGUGAAUUUAUUGCAGAAGUUGAGAUGUUGAGUAGACUGCAUCAUCGGAAUCUUGUGAAACUGAUUGGUAUAUGCAUGGAAGGCCGAACUCGCUGCUUGGUUUAUGAGCUUAUCCAUAAUGGCAGUGUUGAGUCUCACUUGCACGGCAUUGAUAAGAGAAAAGGACCUCUUGACUGGGAUGCACGAUUAAAGAUUGCUCUUGGAGCUGCAAGAGGUUUGGCAUAUCUUCACGAAGAUUCGAACCCCCGUGUAAUUCACCGUGAUUUCAAGGCAAGUAACGUUCUGUUGGAAGUAGAUUUCACCCCCAAGGUUUCAGAUUUUGGGUUGGCUAGGGAAGCAACUGAAGGAAGUGAACAUAUCUCAACACGCGUGAUGGGAACUUUCGGGUACGUCGCCCCUGAAUAUGCAAUGACAGGACACCUGCUCGUCAAAAGCGAUGUUUACAGUUAUGGAGUUGUGCUACUUGAGCUUCUUUCGGGUAGAAAACCGGUGGACAUGUCCCAACCACAUGGUGAGGAGAACCUCGUAACAUGGGCUCGACCUCUAUUGACCAGUAGAGAAGGUUUGGAGCAACUAGUAGAUCCUUCUCUAGCUGGUAGUUACGACUUCGACGACAUGGCCAAGGUGGCUGCCAUUGCUUCUAUGUGCGUUCAUCCAGAAGUGACCCAAAGGCCAUUUAUGGGGGAAGUUGUGCAGGCUCUAAAGCUGAUAUACAACGAUACAGACGAGACGUGUGCAGACUACUGCAGUCAAAAGGAGUCAUCUGCUCGGGACUCCGAUUUCAAAGGCGACAUUGUUCCAUCAGACAGCAGUUGGUGGAAUGCUGGUGGCCUUACACCACGACUGACUUUCGGUCAAGCCUCUUCCUUCAUCACCAUGGAAUACAGCUCUGGCCCCCUUGAAGAGAUGGAAAACCGACCGUUUUCAACUUCAAGUUUCGUUGGCGACGAGAUAUCUUUGCCUAUUCGGCACGGAAACAGGUCAGGUCCGUUACAAACCACACGAAGCAAGCCAGCAUUCUACAGAUUUUCGGGAAGUAGGAGCGAGCACGGAGGAUUUCUUUCAAGGCCUUCUUGGAACAAUAGGUUUUGGGUUUGAGUUUCUUUUUAAAUCGUCAAGAAAAGAAUACUUAGGAAAGCAACAAAAGUGGAUCAUCCACCAUUGGUGGUGCCCCCUUGAGAGCUCCAUUCUUGGUCAUCUUAUGCUGUGUGGAGCUCUCAAUGGGACAUUGGUGCUGAUGAUCCUUGUGGAUGGAAUGCCUUUCUACGACUCUUUUAAAAUGUACAGUUUUAACUCUCUCGUUUCAUAAGGUGCUUUGAGGCUUGGAAG